AUGCCCAGUAGGAAACGAAGACUUUCAAGCUAUGACGACAGUUCCAAACGAAUCCGCUUGGACAGCUUGUUUAGCUCGUUGUCUCUUGACGAUCAAGAAGAGCUAGAAGUUAAUCCAGGUCUAGAUCAUGCUCCAUCCACAGAUGAUAUCAAUUCAUACAUUGUGAAAAAAUUAGCAUUGCAAUACAUGGAUGCACAAAAAGCACGUAUGUCACUUAUUAAGUACUAUGACUGGCGCAUCCUAGUAGUAUAUAACUUUCAGAGAUGGGCUUUACGACUAUUCAAUCGAUUUUGGCGUCGCUACAACCGUGCGCAUGGCCGCAAACAAUUUAAAACAUUCCGAUUUUACCACCAAAUCAUGGACCUAUUGAGCCAGACUCGUUCAAUAACAUUGAACCAUCUAGCGUCAAUUUUGGACCAAGAAAACCGACUCGAACAACUGCAGCUCAAGAGACGCCAACAAGCACGAACAGAUAAAGAAGAGGCAAUGUUGCAUAAGGAUCUAGGCUAUAACUACUGGGACACUUUCGAGGGCUUUGAUAGUGAUGAGGAAAUGAUGGAGAUAGAAAUCGACGGUGUCGAAGAAGAAAUGGAAGAAUAA